GUGGUCGAGGAGCCAGCCGAGGCGGGCGCGGACCCUGGGGCGCCGCCUAUUUUCUUGGCGCCCGAGCCUUGGGCGGCGAAGAGGGACAAGAAGGAGAAGUGGAAGUUCCUGAGGGAAAGCAAGAAGGGUUUCAAGAGGGAACAAAAGCAGACUGGCCCCACCUUGCGGGAGAGGAUCCGCAUGAUCGACGAGUUCCUGGAAAAGGGCGGCGAGCUCCACAUGAUCCACAUGAUCGGCGAGCUCCACAUGAUCGACGGGUUCUUCCAGGAGGGCGAGCUCCAAGAGGCCGAGCUCCUGAAGAUGAAGGCGCACCUUGGGGACCAUAAGUGGGAGCAGGUUCAGACGGGCCCCAUUCUGCAGGAGAGGCUCCAGGUGAUCGGGAAGCUGCUGGAGAAGGGGCGAUCGGAGGGCGUCGGAGCCGAGCCCCUGGAGGUGGAGGAGCGCCUGAAG